AAGUCCUGAGUUUGACCCCUGGUACCACACACACACACACAAAGGAACAAAACAAAAAAUGACCCCACUCACCCUGAGUGUGACUUGCUGUCUCAGCCACCUGCCUCUCCUGUCCUCUGUGACACCCUGACUCUCUUAGAGGCCCCCGCUUCUCCCUGGUGCUCAGCUUUCUUCUCAAGCACCCCAGCUUUGUGCUUUAGCUACUUCUGAGACUUUGUCUCCCGGGGGGACCUCUCUUCUCCCCACAGAGAAGGGCUGGGCCACUUGGAGGGAGAGGUGGCCCAGGUCUAGACCUGGGGGAGGCGCUGUGCUUCCUCUCCUCUCAGAGCGUGGAGGAAAAGCCACUGUACUCUGCCCUGGACUAGUGCAGCCUUCAAAGGCAGAGCCAGAGGGGACUCUGACACCAUGUCUUACUUCAGAGACGUGGGGACGAGAGCCACCAAGUCACCCACUGUGAACUCACACACGCGUCAUCGUCUGUCCACCCACCCAGCAGUCUGACUGCCCAUCAUCACCCAUCCACCACCGUCCAUCCACUGCCUAUCCGCCCAUCUAGCUGCUACUCAUUCUGUUGUACUCCCAUCCGUCCAUCCGUCUGUCCAUCUGUCCAUCCAUCCUUCCUUCCUUCCCUCCUUCCCUUCACUAUUUCAUACACCCAUGUACCCAUCAUCACCACCCAUCCUCCAUCUUACACACACACACACCAUCCUCUUACCACCCUGUACCACCCCUGGUCCGAGCCCUCUCACUACCAGGACCUCUGGUGGGCAACAGACCUGAGACAGACCUGCCCCCGUGGUGUUCACAGCUGACACUGAUCAGAUCACCACUAGGUGUGUAAUGACAACUGUGCAAAGGAAAGGGCCCUGGAACUCAGAGAUCCUAGGACAUCUGGAGGGUUUCCUUAUGGAAUGACAUGGGGCUGUGAUGGGAGGUCGAUGACAUGCGCAAAGGCCCUGUGGUGUGUGGAGCCUGGCACAUUCAGGGAACGGAAGGGUGGCAGGUGUGGGCACAGGGGUGGCCACGGUUGGAGGUGAGGCUUGGUGCCAGGGAGUUGCUUGGUCUAAGCAUGGGGUGGGGGGGAUGAGAGCUUACUCCCAAAGGGAAGAGAUUCGCAGGUGAGAAGGACAGUGUUGAUUGGGGAGGAUGGGGCCAGGAGACGGUGCUCUGGUCCAACUGAGGGAGUGCAGGGUGUCAGGUCGUGGAUGUGUGUGAGAAGAGGGGUGCAUUUCACUUCAUUCAUUCACUCAUUCAUUCAUUCAUACAUGGUCCUGGGCCCUGAGGCCCAGGUUCCACAGCCCCUGCCCUGCUCCUUUUGAAGCCCUUGCCCACUGGGCCCUGUGCUAAGAGCAGCUCAGGGGCCCCUGAGCCCCUGCCCAUGGGGAUAGGAGCCCCUGUACUGUGGGAAGCUGCAGAGAGGACAGCUGUUCUCAGCAGCUCAAUGCAGGCCCAAGCGAGGGCCCAUGAUGCAGGAGCCCAGCGAGCCUCCCCAUGGCCACCUUCCCCCAGUUCUGAGGGACAGAGGUGGCACACAGGUGGUUUGCUUUCUGAGCUGCCUGUGCCUCCUAGAGCCUGUGCUAGGACUGCUGGGGCCACCGUGGGGGAGGGCCAACCUAAUGGCCCUGCCCGGGGGACCAGGGCCGAUGCCACCUGCACACAGGACAUCACAGUGCCAGCCACCAGCCACGGUGCUGCCUGAUGUCUGAUCCGUGGAGGGCUGCAUGGGCGUCCUGGAGGUGCCCGCUGCGUGGUGGCAGCAGAAGGCUGUGUUGCCCUGGGAGGCUCCUGUUUGCCGACUGUUGCGCAGAGCACGUAGAUGGAGAAAGCUGGGCCCCAGGGUGGGGCCGCGUGGCCGGCAGGGCGGGUGUUGGUCCCAGGGCCCCCACAUGCGGUGGGGUGUGGGGCCGGGGGGAGGUGCAGGCUGAGCUGGGUGUGGGUCAGGGCUCUGGGGUAUCCAACUGCCACCUUUUGCUUACUGGCAGCAGUGUCUACCACAUCUCCCUCAAAGGCAUGCUGUGGACUCUAGACACCUGGGGAACCGUGAGCCCUGGGUUUGUCAUUCUCACACGGAUAUAGGCUGAGAGGUUUGGACACUUGUGUGAAGUUACACAGCAGGCGUUGCGGGCAUGGGACUCCAGCCCUGGCUGAGCAGCUCCAGGUUAGUGUCUGGAGUUGCUCUACAUACACUGAGCUCCGCGCUACUCCCCAGCUGGUGCCCAGGCCCUGGUGCCCAGGCCUGGCAUCACAAGACCUGGCCCUGCCCCCUGCCCAGCCUGGCUGUUUGCCUGUACAAUGGAGGAAGCCCCAGGGCGCCUCCUGCAGGGCAAAGCUCCACUCUAGGGUACCUGUGUCCAGGGGGCUUGGCCUGGCCUGGGCACACUGCAAGAAGAGGCCACCAUGACCCUUCCCCCAGUGACUCUGGGCCCUAAAGGGACAGGGACACCAGCCAACCACAGCGCUGGGCUGGAGGCAGUGAGGAAGUGACGUGCCUCCCAGACAGACCAUCAGCGCAAACGCCUCUCCAGGGCAUCUGAUUGAGUUUACCUCGAUUUCCCCAUCUGGACCACAGCCCUCUCUGGCUCAUCUACCUUCCUGCCCCGGGCCGACCUGACAUCCCAGCGCUCUCCACCCAGGCCCUGUCUUUGCUUGGGCCUCAACGUGACAUGGGGACACCCCUGGGACAUCGGAGGCUCUCAGCAAAACUUCAAUAAAUGGCCAGGUGCCUGUGUUGUCGCAGUAGCUCCUCAUGUACCACACUGGACAGCCAAGCGACUCCCUUGGUUCCAGGAGAGAAACUGAGGCUAGGAGGGUGAGGCUGGCUGGGCAGAUCACCUGGGCAACCGGCAGGGCCCGUGUUGGUUCUGUGCCUGUGAAUGGUGUGGGGAUUCCUCUCUCUCUGCUGCACACCUACAUCUUGGACCUCGGCGCUCUUGGAGGGUGUUGGGGGACAGGGACCAGGUUUUGGGGUUAUCUUUACCCCUGGAGGAGCAGCUCGCCCGCAUCUACAGAAAAUGACAGCGCGGGACAUGCUGGGUGGCCUAAGAUCAGAGAGGGGAGGGUGGUCAGGACACCUCAGGGAACAGCAGGGCUGGGGUCCCAGAGGGCACAGAUGCCAGCAGCCCCCCGGCCGGGUUCCGGAGGCCCAACCCGGGUCCUGCGUGGACGCCCGGCUCCGGCCCCGCCCCACUCGGCGCGGUGGGCGGGGCCUGGCUGCUGCGCUGGCCGCUCGCAGGCGCUGGGAGCCGCCGGGCCUGCGCGAGCCCAAGGUCUGGAGCCGAGGCAGACGCUGUUCCUCAUCUGGUCUCUCACCCUCCACCCCCAUGAAGAAAACCAACAUGUGGUUCUUGGACCGGCUCCGCGGGUCUGGGGAGAACGGCACUCGGGCUGCGGGGGGCGAGGCAGGGGACAAGGCUGCCAAGGGGCCCCUAUACAGCAACGUGCUGACCCCCGACAAGAUCCCGGACUUCUUCAUCCCCCCUAAGCUGCCCUCGGGCCCCGCGGAGGCUGAGGGGCCGGCUGAGCUGGGGCCGUCCCCGUCUGAGCAGAACCUGGCUGCGUCCCCCCGCCGCAGCCCCCGCAGCCCCCGGCUGCCCACCAAGCUGGCCGCGGAGAGCAGGAGCCUGCUGAAGGCAGCCACGCGACACGUCAUCCAGAUCGAGAGCGCCGAGGACUGGCCAGCGGAGGAGGCGUCCCUGCCCUCGGUGCCCAAGGCCCAGACGUCCUAUGGCUUCGCCACACUGGCCGAGAGCCCCCACACGCGGCGCAAGGAGUCCCUGUUCCACAGUGAGCACGGGGCCCUGGCCCAGGUGGGCUCCCCGGGCGCAGGGCGCCGGCGCGCAGGGGCCAAGGCAAACGGGGGGGAUGGGGGCCCCAAAGAGGCUGGAGGGGGCUUGAUGAGCCCCGGCCGCUACUUCAGCGGCGGGGAGAGUGACACGGCUUCCUCAGCAGAGUCCUCCCCGUUUGGGUCCCCUCUGCUGUCGCGCUCAGUGUCCCUGCUCAAAGGUUUUGCGCAGGAUGGCCAGGCCAAGGUGAGCCAGCUCAAGCACUCUGUGGGCCGCCACGGCUCCCUGUCGGCCGACGACACCACGCCGGACACCAGCCCCGGUGUCCGCCGUCGCCUGACCCGCCGGCCCACCCCAGAACCGGGCCCCGAGUCCGGCCCGGCGGCCCGAGGGGAGCACACGGUGCGCGUGGGGCCCCGGGGCAGCGUGCGGCUGCUGGCCGAGUACGAGGCGGCCCAGGCCCGGCUGCGCGUGCGCCUGCUGGUGGCCGAGGGUCUGUACGAGCGGCCCUGGGAUGCCCGAAGCAUCAACUGCUGUGUGGGCCUGUGUCUGGUGCCUGGCAAGCUUCAGAAGCAGCGCAGCACCAUCAUCAAGAAUAGCCGCCACCCGGUCUUCAACGAGGACUUCUUCUUCGACGGCCUGGGCCCCGCCAGCGUGCGCAAGCUCUCCCUCCGCAUCAAGGUGGUGAACAAGGGCAGCAGCCUGAAGCGGGACACGCUGCUCGGGGAGAAGGAGCUGCCCCUCACCUCGCUGCUGCCCUUCCUGUGAGGCUGCCGGCUUCUUCCCAGGAGGCACAGGGGGCGCCCGGUCUUCUGCACACUGGCCGGGGCAGAUGGGUUGCUGGGGGCCUGGGGCUGGGUGAGGAAAUGGGCUUCAGCUGCGUGGGGCUCAGCCCCAUGCCGCCUGCGGCUGACCCUGGGGUCCUGGGUGUGAACAGAAUGUUCCUUUUCAUGGAAAGACGGUUUUGGAGGGGGAGGAAGAGGAGGAUAGGCUGCAGGGAAGAGGUGGGUGCCUUGGCAGGGCUGACCGUCCCCUGAGGUCCCCCAACGCUCCUCUGCCUUGCCUAUCUACAGAGCUGGGGACGGAGGUUCUCGGAGCCCAAGAAUGCGGGAGGCUGAGGCAGGAGGGACCUAGAGGCUAGUCUCAAGUCCUUUGUGGCACAGUGUCACCCACCCCCGGCCGCCCUGCUGCCACCCUGCCCUGCCCAGGUGCCUCAAGAGCUGGUGACACCACACGGCACCUCCCUUCCUCAGGCCCUGGGCAGCCCUGACCUCCAGGCUCAGAGGCGAGGGGCUCAGGGGCACCCGUGACAUCCAGGCCCAGCUCUUGAUGGAGGAGAAUGUAUGGCUGCCAGGCUGGAGUCAGGAGCGUGGGGAGAUGGGGAGAGGGCUGAGCGCUGGCUGGCGCUCAUCAGGGGCCACCUCGAUGGGAGGGGCUUGUGCCGCCCUGGAGGGGGCCUGUUCCCUCCCAGCCAGCGCCCGGCUUGGUCUUUACAGGACCUGCUCCACGUGCGUGGGGCUUGGUUACAGAGACCUGGUGGGAUCACCCUGGGCCAGGCCAGGCCUGGUUCUGGUUCUGGCUUUUCAAGGGGCCAGGCAGCUGACUGGGUUUUGCUGUUGGUUACGUGAGUCCUCGAAUGAUUUCCGUGCUUUUUUCACAAACUCUGCAAGUCACAGGAGGGCAGGUUGGCCGCUGGGGAGGGCCGCCCCGUGGGACGCGUCCCCCUCCUUGGCUGUCCCCCCUUUCGCUGGGUCUCUUCUUCCCAAGCUGAUGUCUGCAUCCCACCAGGGCGGGGUGCGGAGCUGACUCCCCAGGCCUGGAGGGAGCCUGCGAUUCCUGCUGUGCCCCUGUGAGUGGCCCUGUGCCCGGUGGUGGCUGGGCCCAGGCCCCUGUCUGUGCCUGCCCCGUCCCCUCUGGAACCUGGGGCGCAGACUGCAGGCCCUGCAUGGAGCUGGAUGCUUGGAGCUCGUGGCUACCACCCUUCUCUGGUGGGGACCCCCACUCCCUAUUUUCCCCAGGAUGGGGUUCCCCAUUUUAUAUAUCUGUGCACUGUUUGAUAUCUUUGUGUUUGAAGUUGACUGUGGUGAAUCUUUCAGACACCGCCCUCCAAUGUGUUUGUUUAUAAAUGCUGUUUUUAGUGCAAUAAAGGUGUUUCUGGGA